AUGAAAAAAUGUUAUCGCUCCUAUCACCGUAGUAACAACUUUGAGGUUUAUGAUUUGGAGUACAACUUUAUGCCACUUUCCAGAGGAUCUGCUGCGGUUGGUUUCGUAGUUUUGCUUGGAUUAUUUCUCGCUGCUAAUAUGGAGUUCACUGGGAGCAUUCCAGAAGGUCUGCAGGUGGAUUGGGAAGCCAUUUUGAACUUUGAUCCUAACAAGUUUGUGGAGUCUGUAAAGAGUUGGUUGUAUCCAUCUCUCAAGGUCACUACGUCUUGGAAAGCUUAUCCUGAUGUGGCAUCAACAUUUGAGACAACAGGAUCAGUCAUUGCUGCCUUGAGCUCCUAUCCCAGAAUCCUUACUGAGAGAUAA